AGUGGCAAAUCACCCCCUCUGUUAACACUGGCACCAUCCUUCUGUUAGCUUUUAACAGUUCGCUCAUAAGCCCUUCCUCCGUCGAUGUCGUCGAGUACCACCGACUCAGAAGUCAUCUUCAAGCUGGCUCUCCGCGUGGUCUGUGUCUCCUGGCAAUAUGCCGCUCGAUUACUCUAUUUACGCCAUCCCGGACUCAAAUCCAACGCUCUAUUAGUAUUGUUUCCACCGGAGAAUCAAACAGGCCGACAAUGCUGUCGGAUCUACAACUAUUGCUGCCACAAAAUCCACAGGAUUUUUCUAUCACAACUUCAGGGAGGAUGGUGUACUGCAUCCUCUCAUGGCUGGCUUCUAACCGUUGCCAAUCAAGCCAUUCAUCUUUUAAAUCCCAUCACCAGCGCCACCGUUAAGCUUCCUCUUGAGAAAUGAUUCAGGAGGUCGAAAAUCUGCCGGAUGAGUUCCAAGAAGCCGGAGUUUACGAGGGUGAUCACCUCCACCAAUCCUAGGGAUCCUCUCUACAAAGUCCUGGCCAUCCAUCCCGGUAAACACGGACACAGUUUUUCCUUUUGUAGAACAGGGGAUCAUGCAUGGAUCAGAAUAAAUAACUUCGUGGGAC